UUCCCCAGUGGCUGUAGACAAUAGUGGGAGGGCUGGUGGGCAGAUACGGAAAUCCUCCUAUAACAGGAAAGUCAGGAGUGCAGAGUCUCAGAGGAGCUGGGAAGUGUUUGUGCCAACCUCAGCCAAGCGGAGCUGUGUCCAAAAUGGCUCUGUUUUUUCCAAUCAUUUUGGCGCUGCUGGCCUCGGUUAUCGGUGGCCUCUACCUGCUGGGAAUGUUUCGUAAAAGGAGAUCCGACGAGCCUCCGUUGGACAAAGGCACAAUACCGUGGCUGGGAUACGCUCUAGAUUUCAGAAAGAGUACAUCAAAUUUUUUGCAGAAGAUGCACAAGAAACACGGAGACAUCUUCACAGUACAGAUUGCUGGUUAUUAUUUUACAUUUGUAAUGGAUCCUUUGUCUUUUGGUCCCAUUAUAAAGGAAUCCAAAACAAACUUGGAUUUUGAGGAAUUUGCUAGAGAAUUGGUGUCAAGGGUCUUUGGAUACCAGUCAGUCACUCAUGAUCACAAAAUGCUGGAAAAGUCAAGUACAAAGCAUCUGAUGGGCGAUGGUCUGGUAGUCAUGACCCAAGCUAUGAUGGAAAACCUGCAAAAUCUUAUGGUUCACAACAUCGGUAGUAGUAAAGGUGAGAGAGAAUGGCACCAGGAUGGGUUAUUUAACUACAGCUACAAUAUUGUCUUCCGUGCCGGUUACCUUGCAUUGUAUGGUAAUGAGCCAGCCAAGAACAAGGGUAAAGAGAAGGCCAAAGAGUUUGAUCGCACGCAUUCUGAUGAGUUGUUUUAUGAGUUCCGGAAGUACGACCAGUUAUUCCCCCGUCUGGCCUACUCAGUUUUACCUCCCAAAGACAAGAUUGAAGCUGAGAGGUUAAAGAGGUUGUUUUGGAACAUGUUAUCUGUAAAGAAAACCCUCCAAAAAGAAAACAUCAGUGGUUGGAUUGGUGAGCAACAUCAGCAGAGGGCAGAGCAAGGAAUGCCAGAACACAUGCAAGAUAGGUUUAUGUUUUUGCUCCUGUGGGCAUCUCAGGGUAACACAGGUCCAGCUUCAUUCUGGUUCAUUCUUUAUUUAUUGAAACAUCCUGAAGCCAUGCGAGCAGUGAGGGAAGAGGUUGAAGCAGUACUCAAGGAAACUGGUCAAGAAGUAAAGCCUGGUGGUCCCCUUAUUAACCUUACCAGAGACAUGCUGAUGAAGACACCUGUCAUGGACAGUGCAGUAGAAGAGACCCUACGGCUGACUGCUGCUCCGGUCCUUAUCAGAGCAGUUAAACAGGAUAUGAAAAUCAAAAUGGCAAGCGGGAAUGACUUUUCCAUAAGGAAAGGAGACAGGGUUGCCCUUUUCCCUUAUAUUGCUGUCCAAAUGGACCCAGAGAUUCAUCCAGAACCCGAGAAGUACAAGUACAACAGAUUCCUGAAUGAAGAUGGCACCAAAAAGACAGAUUUCUUCAAGAAUGGAAAGAAGGUGAAAUAUUACACAAUGCCUUGGGGAGCUGGGAGCACCAUAUGCCCUGGUCGUUUCUUUGCCACCAAUGAACUGAAACAAUUUGUAUUUCUGAUGCUGACCUACUUUGAGUUUGAGCUUGUUAAUCCCGAUGAGGAAAUUCCAGGUAUUGAUCCAAACCGGUGGGGUUUUGGUACCAUGCAGCCAACUCAUGAUGUCCAGUUUAGGUACAGACUCCGCUAUUAAUGAAGAGAAUCCACCUUGUGAAGAUUGAAAUGGUUGUUUACGAGAGAGGAGUCUCAUGUACAUAGUGCUGUAACAUUUAAGGGUCUCCCAGUCCUUGGCUCUCUGCCCUAUCCACUUCUCCAAGCCUACUUCGCUCUUCUUCUUUACACACAAUGUUCAAUGUAAGCCUAGUCUUCCCUAUCCACUUCUCCACUCCUACUGGCUCAUAACCUACUCUUGUUCUUCUUCCUUACACACAAUGUUCAGUAUAAGCCUAGUCUUCCAUAUCCACUUCUCUACUCCUACUGGUUCAUAACUACUCCUCCUUUUCUUCCUUACACUCAAUGUUCAGUAUAAGCCUAGUCUUCCCUAUCCACUUCUCCACUCCUACUGGUUCAUAACCUACUCUUGUUCUUCUUCCUUACACACAAUGUUCAGUGUAAGCCGUCUUCCCUAUCCACUUCUCCACUCCUACUGGUCCAUAACCUACUUCUGGUCUUCUUCCUUACACAUAAUGUUCAAUGUAAGCCUAGUCUCCCCUAGCCACUUCUCCACUCAUAUUGGUUCAUAACCUACUCUUGCUCUUCUUCCUUACACACAAUGUUCAGUGUAAGCUUAGUCUUCCAUAUCCACUUCUCUACUCCUACUGGUUCAUAACUACUCCUGCUUUUCUUCCUUACACUCAAUGUUCAGUGUAAGUUUUGUCUUCAGUAUCCACUUCUCCACUCCUACUGGUUCAUAACCUUCUCUUGCACCUCUUCAUUAUGCUUGACAUUCUGUGUUAGCAAAUUCUUCCCUAUUCUUCCCUAUCCACUUCUUCUCAAUUGCUAGUUUAUAACCUACUCUUGCUCUUCUUCCUUAGCCCAGUUAUCCCUGUCCAUUUUAGCACCCCUGAUGGUUUAUAACCUACUUUUGCUCUUCUUCCUUAUGCUCAAUGUUCUGUGUAAACAUAUACUUCCCUAACCACUUCUCCACCACUACUGGUUCAUAACCUUCUCUUGUUCUUCCAUUUUAUUUUGCUCAAUAUUCUAGUUCUAUGUUAGCCUUGGUCAUAAUGUUUCUUCUUCUGCCUUAUUUGGUUUUCUGUCUGCAUCAUCUUUGCAAGAUCUCAGCCAACCUUCCCAUUCACUUCCUAUCCAAGCGUCAAUAGCCACCUUUUAUCCCAUAGCUUUAAAUGUUAUGUCUGAAACGACAAAUUGAAUUAAAAACAUUAACAGAGUGCUAGUAAGAACAUUUUCUACAAAGAUGUGAAACUCAUCAUCGUUGAAUAAGAAAGCCAUAUAUCAGCUCAUUUUGGCCUGAUAAAGUAUUAUUUAAGCUUAAAAUAUGUUUUCUCUUAGAGUGACUUCAAUUUAAGCAAAGGAUUCUGGGAAAUGUAUUAUAUUGAAACAUUAUUUGUUGUCUGGCUUUUAAAUACAAGGGUAUUUUAUAUACAUAAUGGAAACCAUAUGAGUUAAUUAAAAAUAAUAAAAGUUUAAUUUCAUAAUAAAAGAAAUAAUUUCAUAAUAA